AUGGCUGGCGGCGGCUCCCAGCUGAAGCGCCUCAAGGCAUCCUUGCGAGAUCAAGGCAUCACAGGGCCCCAGCAGUCAAAAAAGCAGAAGCGCCGCGCCGCUCAGGAUGAGCAGGCACGCAACGACAAGCGUCUUCAACGAGGGGCAGUGUUGGGUGGCAUCCGCGAACAGUUCAAUCCAUUCGACCUCAAGCAUGCCAAGGCUCCAAAGUUCGAGGUGACGAGUAAUCGUCCGGACCCCAAGGCUGGUAGCAUCAGGGGCAGACCUGGUGAGGCCAAGGCUGCUGCAGAAGAGAAGCGUUUUGGCGAGAAUGAUCCUACAAUGACGCCAGAGGAGAAGAUGCUGGAGCGUUUCGCGCGCGAGAAGAUCCGCAGCCACAAGAAGAACGCUUUCGAUCUGGAAGAAGACAUGGACGACAUGGGUAUGGGUGGCCUGACGCACGGCGGUAAGGCUUUGGUAUUCAACGAGGAGGAGGCCGUGGACGACUUCGACGAAGACCUGGACGACGCCGCCAGUGACAUUUCCGACCGAGAGCAACAGCGCCGCAAAAGGGUUCGUGCGAUGGCGGCCGAAGAUCAAGAAGAGGCAGAGCCGCAGCGCAAGAGGACAAAGAAGGAGAUUAUGGAAGAAGUCAUCGCCAAAUCGAAGAUGCACAAGUAUGAGCGGCAGCAAGCAAAGGACGAGGACGAUGAUCUCCGCGCCCAGAUCGACAAGGAUAUGGCGGAGAUUCGCGCCGCUCUGUACGCUUCAGGAAGCAAGCGCCCGGAGCCUGUGCAGACGGAAAUCCCCACUAUGGGCGGGCUGGAUCGUGAAGCGUUUAACAAGACCUUUGACCUUGAGGUCAAGAAGCUGGCGCAAGAUCGCAGAGCCCAGCCAGCUGACCGAACGAAGACAGACGAGGAGAAGGCUGAAGAUGAAGCCAAGUUCCUCAAGAAGCUCGAGGAGAAGAGGCAAAAACGCAUGAGAGGCGAAUCUGUAUCCGACAGUGAUGCCAGUGAGGACGAUAAAGCCAAGAACCACAACUCGGACGAAGAUAUGGACCAUGACGACGAUUUCGGUCUUGGUGGUGGCCUCGCAUCGAAGGCUCCAGAGGAUGAGGCAGAUGAGGAAUCUGAGGAAGACGAGUCUGACGAGGAAGAGAGCGACGAGGACAACGACCGUGACGCACCUACGAAGAAGAAGCCGACGGCUGCCGAGCUCGGAUUCGACGACGAAGACGACUUUGUCAUUGACGACGAUCUUGUUGCCAGCGGUUCCGACAUCAAUCCAUUCGACAGCGGAGACGAACUCGAUCUGGAAGAAACAGAGGCAGCCGAUGGUGCCGAGAGCGAGAGUGACGAUGAGGACGAGUUCACCAAAGGACUUUUGAACGAAGAGGAGGCUCGCAACCCAAUGUUCAAGGCUGAAUCCUCAGAAAACACCACUGCGUUGGAAAAGGGCGACGACAAGGGGCUUCCCUUCACAUUUCCAUGCCCUCAGACCAAAGAAGAAUUUGAGUCCAUCGCGCGGGCCCAUCCUUUGGUCCAUCUGCCAACCAUCGUACAGAGGAUCCGUGCGCUCUAUCACCCGAAACUGGACAGUAAGAACAAGGAACGUCUGGGCACUUUUGCUACGGUUUUGGUCGAGUUCAUCUCCCAACCCUUCGGCGUCGCCUUUGACCCAGCAGUAUGGCCGUCGUUUGCUGUGCUGGAGAGCCUUGUUCGUCACGUCCACUCUCUGUCCAAGAUGUUCCCUGUCGAGAUUGGCAAUCAUUUCCGACAAAUGAUGAUUCAAAUCAAGGAGGAGAGACCCUUGGCACUGGAAGUCGGAGAUAUCGUCAUGUUGACAGCCGUGGGCACAGUCUUCCCACCUUCAGAUCACUUCAACUCGGUGGUGACGCCGGGUAUCCUGACAGCUACCCGAUAUCUCGGCAUCAAGGUCCCACGCACCCUGGGAGAGCACGCGACUGGUGUUUAUCUAUCGAUCUUGAUGCUUCAGUUCCAGCAGCCAGUGAAGCGGUUCGUCCCCGAAGUCAUCAAUUUCCUGCUGAACACAAUAUGCGCAUUGUCACCUGUUGCACCCAAGGCUAGUCUCGGUCGUUUCCCUCUCCAUGCUUCCGACCAAGCGCUGCGCAUAUCUGGCGCGCAAAAAGUCACGCCGAGGAAGCUGAGGUGCAGCGACUGCGCCAUCGAGGUCGAAGCGGAGCUGGCUACGGAAACCAAGGUCUCUCUCAUGGACACCGCCCUGCAAGUCUGCGAUGCCGCUGCCGACACGUGGACUGGCAAAGACGCUUUUAUCGAAACCUUUGAUCAAGUUCAGAAUGUGGUCAAGCGCGUCUUGAUUCAAAAGAACAGCGCACACUUACCUGCCCAGCUGAUCAGCCGCCUCGAGAAGCUGCAGACGAAGCUUGAGCGGAUGAUGCGGCUGGCGAAGCUGGCACGAAGGCCGCUCGAGCUGCACCAUCACCGCCCUCUUGCUAUCAAGACAUAUAUACCCAAGUUUGAGGAUUCUUUCGAUCCCAACAAGCACUACGACCCGGACCGCGAGAGGGCUGAGAUGGCCAAGCUCAAGGCCGAGCACAAGAAGGAGCGCAAGGGAGCCAUGAGGGAGCUCCGCAAGGAUGCCAACUUCAUGGCGAGGGAGAAGCUCAAGGUCAAGAAGGCCAAGGACGAGGCGCACGAGAAGAAGAUGAAGAGGUUGAUAUCGGAGAUUCAGAGCGAGGAGGGGCGAGAAGCCAACGAGUACGAGAGGGAGAGGAGCGCGAGGAAGCGAGCAAAGAACAGAUAA